AUGAGCACAUAUGGGACAUUAUUGAAAGUUACAACAUUUGGGGAAAGCCAUGGAAUAGGAAUUGGGUGUGUAAUUGAUGGAUUUUUACCAAAUAUUACGAUAAAUUUUGAGGAAAUUCAAAAACAAUUAAAUAGAAGAAAACCAAAUCAAUCUAAAUUAACAUCAAAUAGGAAUGAGUCAGAUAAAUUAAUUGUCUUAUCAGGUUUUGAUGAUAAUAAAACAUUGGGAACACCUAUUACAUUUUUAAUAAAAAAUGAGGAUGUAAAAAAAGAACUAUAUUCUAAUUUUAUAAAUAUUCCACGUCCUGGUCAUGGUGAUUAUACAUAUUUUAUGAAAUACAAUGUUAAAAAUAAAAGUGGUAGUAGUCGAUUUUCAGGUCGUGAAACUGCUACAAGAGUGGCAGCAGGUGCAUGUAUUGAACAGUGGCUAAAAAGUUAUUAUAAUAUUCAAAUUAUUUCUUAUGUAUAUGCGGUCGGAAAUAUCAAAAUCCCUAAAUUGAUUAAUGAAAUGUUUGAAAAAAAUCCACCAACCAGAGAAUUAAUUGAUACAUAUGGAUGCGUUAAAUAUAAUGAAGGCAAAAAAAUUUUUAUGGAUUAUUUUAAUAAUAUAUACGAUGUGAAUGGUGUAUUAAUAUCUUCUGAAAAAGAAGGAAAAGAUAUUUCAAAUUUUGAUGAACCUUUAAAAAACAUACAAUUCAAUAAUAAAACAGUUAGUGAGCAUGACACUGAAUGGGUAUCACUGCAAACAAGAUGCCCGCAUCCUUAUACAGCUGUACAAAUGUGUUCAUGUAUUUUAAAAAUAAAAAAUAAAGGAGAUAGUAUAGGAGGAAUUGCUACUUGUGUUAUUCAAAAUGUUCCUAUUGGAAUUGGGGAACCCAUUUUUGAUAAAUUGGAAUCAGAGUUAGGAAAAAUUAUUUUAUCUAUACCAGCAAUAAAAGGUAUAGAAUUUGGAACAGGUUUUAAUGGAACUUAUAUGUUAGGAUCCGAACAUAAUGAUUUGUUUAUUCCAUUGGAAAAGGUGAAUACAAAAAAUAGUAGUUUCAAGGAGGAAAAGAAAUAUAUAAGUUCAAAUCCAAAUGAUGAUGAAAAAAAUGAUCAAAAUUUUUGUGAAAAUGAAGAAAAAAAAAUUCCAGAUAAAUAUUGUACUGUAUCAAAUAAACACAAAUUGCUAAUUACAAAAUCAAAUAAUUGUGGAGGUAUUUUGGCUGGAAUUUCAACAGGGAAUAACAUUAUUUUUAGAUCAGCAAUAAAACCAGUUUCUUCGAUACAAAUAGAAAAAGAAACAAGUGAUUUUGAAGGGAAAUUAUGUACAUUAAGAGUAAAAGGGAUGCAUGAUUGUUGUAUCUUGCCACGAUUACCCCCUGUAAUUGAAGGAUCAUCUUCUAUUGUUGUUGGUGAUAUGAUUUUACGUCAGGUUUCUAAAUAUGGCGAUAAAAACCUUCCCUCCAUCAGUUCGUAUACCAAAUUUGACAAUGAUGAAAAUUAA